CAGUCGCUUAACCAACUGAGCCACCCAGGCGUCCUCAAGUAUGUCUUCAUACAUAUGCCUCCAUUACCAGAUCAUACAUGCUGAGGAGCAGAAUUUUGUCUUUCCAUCUCUAGCAACAAGGACAGUUCAAGGUAUAAGAGAAACUUUAUAAUAGUAUUUUUAGGAACAAAUGAAUUAACGCAGAGGUAGGAAAUUUCUAAUGUGGUAUCUCUUUACCCCACAGUACAGAGUACAAACCAUGGUGUAUUUUGUACAAGACAAAACACACAAAAAAGAAUGAACUCUUAGACUCUCUGUUCUGAUCCAGGCUGAUGCCUUGAAUUGAGGCACAUGUCAUUACAGGAGUUGGUGUCAUUUGAGGACGUGGUUGUGAACUUCUCCUGGGAGGAGUGGCAGGACCUGGAUGAUGCUCAGCAGACCCUGUACAGGGUUGUGAUGCUGGAGACGUACAGUAGCCUGGUGUCAUUGGGGCACUGCAUUACCAAACCUGAGGUGAUUGUCAAGUUGGAGCAAGGAGCAGAGCCAUGGACUGUAGAGGAAGCCCCAACCCAGAGCCUCCCAGAUGUCCAGACUGCAGAUGACCUGAUUGAGACCCACCAGGAGCAUCAGAGCAGACGUGUGUGGCAAGUUGGAUUUGCCAACAACAAAACGUCAACUAAGGAGAGAACCAACUUGGGAAAACCAUUUAAUUUGAGUGCAAUCCACCUUUCAAACCUGAUUAUAAAUAAUGGAAACUGUUCAGGAAUGAAGCCAGAGGAGUUUAAUGUGUGUCAGAACAUGUUUCUCCCUGGUGAGCCUGAUGAGAUGUAUGCUGGAGAGAAGCCUGAGGACCAUAAUACAACUGGGAAACCCCUCAGGUAUGGCGAGCAUUGUAGUUUUCAUCAGAAGGAUCGAAUUUUGCAGCCACCUUUUGAAUUUGGUGGGCAAGGGAAGGGCUUCAACAAGGAGGCAACCUUCUUUACACAUAGCAGUGCUCACAUGGGAGAGCCUACCUAUACAUAUGACGAAUAUCAGAGAGCCUGUGACAAGUCAGCUCUCAUUGCCCAAGAGAGAACUCACAUAGGGGAGGAUCACUGUAGAUGUAAGGAAUGGGAGAACACCUUUCGUGCAAAACCAACACGGUCGAAUCUUCAUAGAGCUGAUUUCAAGAAGCAACACUGUAAACUUAUUCAAAGUGGGGAUAAUUUCUGCAAGAAAUUACACCUCACUCCACUUUCAAGAACUCAGUUAGGAGAGAAAACUUUUGAAUGUGAUGUAUGUGGCAAAACUUUCUACAAAAAGUCUAAUCUCAGUAAACAUCAGAAAAUACACACAGGAGAGAAACCCUAUAAAUGCAGUGAGUGUGAGAAAACCUUCAUCAGUAAAACAGUUCUUACAAUACAUCAGAGAACUCAUACAGGGGAGAAACCCUAUGCAUGUACCGAAUGUGAGAAAUCUUUCUGCCAUAAGUCACACCUAACUGUUCAUCAGAGAACCCACACAGGAGAAAAGCCGUAUGAAUGUUAUGAAUGUGGGAAAUCCUUCUCUGUGAAAACCAAACUCACUGUACAUCUGAGAACACACACAGGAGAGAAACCCUAUGAAUGUAAUGAGUGUAGGAAAUCCUUUUACCAGAAGUCAGCCCUCACUGUACAUCAAAGGAUUCACAAUAGAGAGACACAUCAUGAAUGCAAUGAUUGUGGUAAAACCUUCCAUAAGAAGUCAAUUCUCAUUGCACAUCAGAGAACUCACACAGGAGAGAGACCUUAUGAAUGUAAAGAAUGUGGAAAAUCCUUUGGCCAUCGCCCAGCUCUUACCGUACAUCAGAGAACUCACACAAGAGACAAACCUUAUAAAUGUAACGAAUGUGGGAAAUCUUUCUGUGUAAAGCCAAAGCUCACUGUGCAUCUGAGACUUCACACAGGUGAGAAACCCUAUGAAUGUAAGGAAUGUGGGAAGACUUUCUACCAGAAAUCAAAACUCACUGUACACCAGAGAACUCACACAGGUGAGAAACCUUAUAAAUGUAAUGAAUGUUGGAAAACCUUUUGUGAGAAGUCAACUCUCAAUAGACAUCAGAGAACUCACACAGGAGAGAAACCCUAUGGAUGUAAAGAAUGUAGGAAAACUUUCUACCAGAAGUCAGCCCUGACUGUACACCAGAGAACUCACACGGGAGAGAAACCCUAUGAGUGUAAUGAAUGUGGGAAAACCUUCUGUCAGAAAUCACACCUCAGCAAACAUCAGAGAACUCACACUGGGGAGAAGUCAUGUGGGGCAGAGACUGGCUAUAUGUAUACCAAAACUCACUUUCUCUUUGUGUUGGGCACACAGUUAGGCUGCAUGUCUCAGCCUCCCUUUACUGUGGGUGGAAGCGUGUAAUUGAGCUAUGGCCAAGAGAUCAUGAACACAAAUUAUGACCAUUAUUUCCGUGUCUGGCCACAAAAAAACUUACUUGCGUUUGCUGAUUUUUCAUUCCUUGUGCUCCUGAAGUGCAGAUUACCCACAGGUUUGUCUUUGGAGCCUUAGAUGGUAACCGUGACUUAAGGCAGAAAGGAUUGAUUGGGGAGGGCAGAGAUCUUCUAAACUCUACUGCAAAAAUCUUCACUUGUACUUAUCUGAGUGAGAAAUAUUCACUGUUGAACCCUUCUGUGUGUGACCUAUUUACAACACUGUGAGUCCAUUAUAGCCAGUUUGCUUUAUGAAUUUGAGAUAGGCUUCUCUGAGAAGUUACCAGUCCUUGUGUAGGAGAUUCACAUAGGAAAGAACCUGAGUUCACCCCCAAGUCAAUGGAUGGAAAAAAAUCAAAUCAUAGGAAGAAAGAAAUUCAAUAAAUGCAGGAAUGCCUUUAUUGGCCAGAGACAGCUCAUUGAACACUGAGAAUAAAGUAAAACCUUAUAAAUAUCUUUAAUGUGUACAAUGCCCCUAAGAUUUGUAGAAGCCCUAUUUAUCUAUUGUGAGGAUUUAUAGGGCACACUCGAGUCUCAGGGUUAGUAACAUCCUUCGUCUGAGAUUUACUGAGGCUCCAUUUUGCUGAUAGUGUCCUGAAUGUGAUCUUUAGCCAAAAGUCAUUUCAUACUUUAGAGAUCUUUUUUUCCUGCCUGGAGAAGCUGGGAAGGAGGAACAGUUUUAUUUUCAAACCUAGGUAGUCCUUGCUCCUUGGUAUUUUGUCUAGAUUGAUCUUUAAGACUGAACAGUUUCUUUUAUCUCAUCUGUCUCUACCUAUACCUUAUGGUAAGUGAGUCUACCAGCUAUAAGUUUUUUGUUUUUUGUCUCAGCUAGGAACCCACCCUUGGUUGCCUGACUUUGUGAUGAUGGGGUUAUAUUUCUCCUUUUCCAGCUGACACAUCUUUGGGUUUCCAAGGAAAGAGCCUGGAGGGAGAUUGCAAGGCUGAGCAGCAAGGAUUUUCUUUCUUCUUCUUUGGCAGAUAUCCAUGUGGUUGUGAGCAGGGGUGGGGGAAGGUUCCAGUCCUGUUUCUCUGGUCCUGUUUCGCUGUCCAGAACUUUAACAUGGUGACUCAUAUUUGAAUGUACCUGAAAUGCUUCAAACACUUUACCACUAAGCAUAAAAGAAGUUACCUUCUAUUCCUA